GAGGAGGAGAGCAUCCUUAAUGAUUCUGCGCUAGCAAGCGGCUCUAUAUCAACAAACCCCGGGCCUUCACCGAUCUAAAGCACAUCCACACCUGAUAUAUCACACAUCGCAUCAUGGAUAACUCCGGCAAAGAGAAGGAGGCAAUGCAGCUGAUUGCAGAGGCGGACAAAAAAGUCAAAUCGUCGGGUUCGUUUCUCGGAGGGAUGUUCGGGGGUAACCAUAAAGUAGAAGACGCGUGUGAAAUGUAUGCAAGAGCCGCCAACAUGUUCAAGAUGGCUAAAAACUGGAGUGCCGCAGGGAAUGCAUUCUGUCAGGCCGCAAGACUUCACAUGCAGAUGCAAAACAAGCUGGACUCUGCCACCAGUUUCGUUGAUGCCGGGAACGCGUACAAGAAAGCUGAUCCUCAUGAGGCUAUCAACUGUUUGAACGCGGCCAUCGAUAUUUACACAGACAUGGGAAGGUUCACGAUUGCUGCCAAGCAUCACAUGACCAUAGCAGAGAUCUAUGAAUCUGAGCUGGUGGAUAUUGAAAAGGCCAUCGCGCAUUAUGAGCAGGCGGCGGAUUAUUAUAAAGGCGAAGAGUCGAACAGCUCGGCUAAUAAAUGUCUGCUGAAGGUGGGCUCAUACAGCGCUCAGCUGGAGCAAUACCCCAAAGCCGUGGAGAUCUUCGAGCAGGUAGCGAGCAGCACGAUGGACAAUCCUCUGCUGAAAUACAACGCUAAAGAGUAUUUCUGGAAGGCAGCUCUGUGUCACUUCAUCGUGGAUGAAUUAAAUGCUAAGCUUGCCGUGGAGAAGUACGAAGGCAUGUUUCCGGCGUUCUCUGAUUCCAGAGAAUGUAAGCUGUUGAAGAAACUUCUGGAGGCGCACGAGGAACAGAACAGCGAAGCGUUCACUGAGGCUGUGAAGGAGUUUGAUUCGAUCUCUCGUCUGGACCAAUGGCAGACCACCAUGCUGCUGCGUAUAAAGAAGACCAUCCAGGGUGACAGUGGAGACCUGAAGUAAUGCGUCUCAGAGAAACCCGCUGGUGUUGACUUUCAUUUCUUACCGUAUUGUAUGUGUGUGUGUGUGUGACAAUCUGCUAUGGUGACAAAAUAACAGUAAGCAGCAUUCACGAGCGAUUUACAUUGCGAGUGAAAGACCUUCAAGAGAUCUGAAGUGAAUAUUGUUAACUCACUCCUGGAAGCUGUCCCUUUACUUCAGCAUAAAGAAAUCUUUACCGUACCCGUGCGUGGCAUGAAUCUUUCUAUCGUUCACUGUAAUGUUCUCACCGAUGUUGUCGUGCAUGAUAAAUGUUGUGUGUUCAUGUGGUGUUUAAUAUCAGAAUAUUGUGCGUGCACUUUACUUCAGAACUUAUUAAAUGUCUGUUUAGGUGGAAAACAUGAUGCCUUUGACUAGUCUUUGAACAUUUUUGUGCCAUUGGUUUCAAAAAUGAAGCUUCACACUGUAUCGUUAUCACACGCGUGUCACUCAAGUCUGAACGUUUGCUUUCCUCAUUAAACUAAACGUACAAUAAAAGUAGAAUCAUGUGAAAUCACAGAAAGCUUUGAUUCUCUAAUGUUGUGAAAUAUGUACAUAUCUGUUUCUGUUCAUAUUAUUUGAGCUUUCGUGUUUUUACAGGUUGUUUGACAUGGAUAUAGACACAUGGGUGUUUUUGGACACAGAUGACUUUUAUGAAUUGUAACAAUUGUUAAAGAGUUUAUUGUUCGAGUCAUCUUGUGCUUUGAAGUUCUGUAUUGUGUUCUGUUUAUUUUAAUGAAGAAUACUUUAAAUUAUGAAGUGAAUUGAUCUACAGUAUCAGACAUUUAAUAGGUUGAAUAACUGUCAGAGAAUCAAAAAUGGAAAUGUAAAAGAGAUGGCAGACAUUUCAAUAAAUGUUC